UUAUAUGCAUUCACAGUUGGUGAUCUCAGCGAAAUAAUAACUUGAGAUUGUUUGUGAAAGGAGGAAAGCAAGCAGUUGGACUACGAGGUCAGGUGACCCUCAAAAAUCAAGAAAAAGUGAAGAAAUAUGGGGAGUUCUUGUUUUCAGCACUCUCCAUUCUGCCACUCUCGCUGCACCCCCUACUCUUGGCAAUGUUGUUUCCAGCCUCCAUUAUCGUUUUCUCCCCUGAGAAAUGCUCCCAACCGGAGAGCAAUAGUUUCUUGUUCUCACCAAGAAAAUCCCAAAGACUGCAAUUCUUGCGCGAGGAGAGCGGCAGUUUUCGCUGGUUUUGCAUUGCUUCCGCUUCUUAACUCGAGGGUAGAUGCAAUUAAAGGGUUUGCUGCAGAAAAUGAUGAACCCGGGGCUGAAGACCAGAAACAGAAAACAAAGGGAAGUUUAGGAAAGGAAGUAGAUCCGGUUCUGGAAUUACUUGCAAGACCUAUCAUCGAAGAGAUGGCUGAUAUUUUAUCUCUGCAUGAAAAGUUUGAGAUGGAGCUAUUGAAUGAGAAGGACGUCCCAAACAAGGCACUGGCAGAAGCUAAUUUGGAGCGGCAGUCUUUAGCUGAAGAAGUAAGGCUGGCAACAGAGCACCUGAGUGAAUCAAAUGAAAAGCUGAAAAUUACGUCCCAAGAACUGGCUGCAGCAGUGCAAAAAUGUGAUAGCUUAGAAAAAGAACUUUUCGACGCCCAUGAGAAAGCAGAAAGUGCUGCCCUUGCGCUGAAACAAGAGAAGCUUAUUAUAUCUUCUUUGAUAAAAGACUUACUGGCCCUGGAGACUCAGAUUUCCAAGGACAAGGAAUCACGAAAAAGUCUUGAAGCAGAUGUAGAAGAGGCUACUAAAUCACUUGAUGAGAUGAAUAAACAUGCACUGGUCAUUUCCGAAGAGUUAGAGCUUGCUAAUAAUCAGAUUUUAAGCCUGGAAGAUGGGAAAGCUGAACUCUACAGGUCCCUUAUUCAGCAAAAAAGAGCACAUCAGGUAGUGCUGGAGAACUUAGAAGACGCCCACAACCUUAUAGUGAGACUUGGAAACAAAAGGGAGAGUUUGCAGAAAAGAGGAGAGAAACUAGAAGAAGUUUUGGCAUCUGCAAAGGGUGAAAUAUUGCGGCUGAGGAGCCAAAUUAAUGAUGAAAACCAAAAACCGGUUGACGUGGGAGACAAAGCUGAUCAUCCCACAAGGAAAGUUACUCGGAGGAGAAAGGCUAAUCGUCAGCAAAAAGAUCCCUAGCAUGUAAAUACCAUGCUCGCCACCCCAGUAAUCCACUCACAUUGAAUGAUUACAAGCCAUGAAACUGGCUUCCAUUGUAUUUUCAUACUAACGUCGAUGGGAAAAGGGAAAAUAUGGUUAGAAUUAGGAUUGUUUCUUUUUUGUGGUAGUUGUGAUAGCUUAGUAUUGUGUCCUGUAAUGUAGCUUACUGCAGAACAU